AUGAAUUACAAAUCGCGGUGCCCUCAUUGUGGUGGUGCGCACGAAGAUGCAUCCAAAGAGUCCACUUCAACUGUGGUAGAAACAUGGUCCUCAGUAUUCAUUUCUCGAGGCUCGGAUGCAGGGGAGUACAAAAGUUUCGAAGAGCACGAGGGCAGCUGGUUUGCUGAUAUGAGUUGGGGCGCUCCGGGGAAAGAAGAUCUGAUGUAUUUCCUGAUGCUCAGCUGUGGUAGCGAGUCGGAAAUUGUAGCCGGGCUCAAUGAAUUUAUGAAGAUGAGGUGGGAUCGUGUACUUGAAUACGUUGUGAAGCCGGUAGGAGCUAACGGAUUGAGACAUGUGAUUGAUUCGAAGGAAAACCUUGGUAUUAUACCCAAGAAUGGUAUAGAGGAACCAGUUCGCUUUGAAGAAUGGGAAUUGGUUCCUCUAUACUUGAUCAAAGGGACAUCGCAUCCUUCCACUAUGUUCAAAGUGUUGAUCCCCAAGAAUGGCAUCGGCAGUGCUGAUCAAGAGUCUGUUCAGCCUGGCGGCCUCUUGUGUGGGUACCUGGCCUCGAAGAAAGGGAAAUGGCAUCCUUUCACGCUCGUCACCGUCCCACAAGAGCUACAGUUCUUGCUGGGUCAUCCUGACGUGGAUUACAAUGCACGAAAAACUACCCGACCUUUGAUGCGUAAGAUGAUGGAACUGUUUGGAUUCAAGGUCAAUCUUCCAAAAGACGCCGACAAGACCAGAGUUGUGAACCGAUAUCGCGACGAUUUCCUGCCAGGGCUUCUCCCAUUCCUUCCUCAAGCUCAACAAGUAAACCGGUCUACCGCACGAUUGCCAACUAUCACGACCUGUCCAGGCGCUACCCCCUCCCAUACUCCUGGGGACUCGGAUCUCUCGAUGCAAGACGCGGCGGCUAUGUUCGUGGACACCAACGCCAAGAGUACAACCAAAUCUAAGCUUUUCAGCUUGAUACUCCCACGCGUAAAACCUCAGUUCAUCCUUUCCACAAUGUCUCGGGCCGAUAUGAUCAAACUCUUCCACAAGUUUGUCAACAGCGCUUCCAAUAAACCCACCCCGUGUACAAACCCAGCUUUUGCCCAACGCCCACAUUGUCUCCCUACCGAAAGCCUUAGCGGUAAGGACCGUGACGAACUUCGCCACGCGAUUCAAUGUUACGCUCCCCACGUUUUCAUACCACUUGGAGUGUGCAACAUGCCGGUUCUCUCGUCACUCUACGAGCUAUUUGUUCAGGGGAACAAGGACGCAGCCAGAGAUCUGUGCGAAGGAGUCCACUACCACCUCAUCGACCCGAAGGAAUUCACUGAGCUCUUCGAGACCUGA